AUGGCCAGUAGCGGGCCCACGGCAAGGAGCUUUUCGUGCGAUCCUCCGUGCUUUCGCAAAUUCAAAACAGCCGCUGCCCUCAAGAAUCAUAAACGAGACGCUCGAAAUCAUGCGCAGGCUGGACGUCCUGCGAAUGCGGUACCCACGAACGGUAUCUCAGAAAGGAAGAACCGCGGCAUCCCAAGCAGCGGAACCGGCACAACACGCAAUCGCCAUGGUGCCCGAGGUGCCACUAUAGUGGCCAGUACUGUCACCACGACAAGAGCCAAGAAGAAGCAGGCCACAAAGACAUCACGCUGCACCCUCUGCGACAAGCUCUUCGUAACGGACGAGGCACUCGCCGACCAUACCCGCAAUUCACGCAAACAUAAUAUGGCGGUGCAAGCAGAGUCUGCAGGGCCGGCCGCUUUGGCCGACACGCCGCUCGACCGCUUCUUCCAGAACUUUAACUCAUUCCCAUACGACCGCUUCAAGCCGCCUGCCGAGUCAUUCCGGCAGCUCGAACGCUUCCUCGAUUGGCGACCCGGGACAAAGGCACGCGAGCGAGCCUGGGCACGCUACCAACGGGCGCUGGUGGACGAGGUACAGCUCUGGUAUGGCGACGUGAGCGACAUCGCCGCAUGGCACGACCUCUGCAGGGCGAUCGGAAUUCGAAAUCUGCCGCCAACAACAAAGGAGUGCAAAGCGGCGGUGCGGCGGACACACGUCAACAUUGUCGAUCUGAUCGAAUGGGGUCGCAAUGGACGGCCCGCGAACAGCCCUGUCAGAGUUUACAGGACGGUUGAGAUGCUGAGAGUGUAUACAAUGGGCACACACCGAGUCUUCCCUCGAGGAGAGGUGAUCCGAAAGGAAGACGGUGCUACUAACAUCGUAUUGCGAUACUUACUGCGGGACUUUAAGCAGCCGGGGCUUGGAUGGGACAGUGGCGGGAUGCCGACGCAAGUUAGGCGUUCAUCACAAUGA